CAGUGUUGUCGGUCAGAGGAGGAGGAUUCACCGCUAACAGCGGACACACACAGCGGAUUAUCAGCGAAUCCUUCAGAGGCAGAGGCAGGAUGGAGUCUCGCAGCCUGAGUGGCUCAGAUGUCAGGAUGCGGAGGGGCUACAUGGUACCACCCUGUCCCAGAGACAGCCAGGACAACCUGUUUGGAGUCAGGGUGCAGGUUCAGGGCAUUCAAGGUCAACCCUACGUGGUUUUGAAUAGUUCCUGCCAGGAGAACCACAAGGACAUUUCUGUCAUAACUCACCAGGCAGGGUACAACCCAGGAGUGGUGAGAAGAUCUGUGGAUGGAAGGCAGCCUCCGUCUGAGACACAAAGAACUGGAAAUUCCUCCAUGUUUUAUUAUCAGAAACACCCAGAGACCCUGAGACCUUGUGAGUCUGAAAGUAAUAACUGUGUCACUCCUUUCCAAACAGCCUCAGCUUUUGGGUCUGGACAGCCACACACACCUCCUGUAGCCAAACCAAGGAUCCCUCUCCCUGCUGAGGGUCCAGAAGUAGACCCAGCUGAGGUGAUCCAAAACGAGAUGCUUCCCUCAGGUGGACAUGCUGACUUACAGUCCCCAAAUUCAGUGAACACAGACUCCAUCAUGUCUGUUGGGAAGCUGAUAAGCCAGUUCAACACCAGCCUGCGGAGAGGAAGGGGUCCAAGGAGCAGACUGGAUCCAGAAGCUUGUCGGCGGUCCCGCAGUGUGGACAGCAGUCGCAUCUCAGACUCCUCGUCCUCCUCAUCUAGCAGAACUUCCUCACUGAAGGGCAUUAGAGGAGAAACCUCAGGCGGGGUCUAUCCUCCAGGGUCGGCCAGAGCUCGACUUCUCACUGGACAGUCCACCUUGACAAACAAAGUGGAGGAGAACCAGCCUGGUGCACUGUUCAGAAAUCAUCACGGCAAGGAGAUGGUUUUACAGCAGACUGCAACACAGGCUCAGAAAGCAGAGAAACCCUCUACCUUCAGGCCCCGUGCUGACCAAACAGAUGGAUCUGAAGACAGAGACACACAGGUAACUCCUGAUCUUCUGAAAGGGCAGCAAGAGCUCUCAGUAGAUCCACCUGAAGACACAGCAAAGCAAAUACUCUUCAUUUACCUGAAGAAUGGGACGACUGAUGAUGAUUCCACCACCCUAAGAAAAGUCAAACUCCUGCUUGAGAAGAUCAACAAGCUGAAGUGGAGAACUGCUGAGAGUGUGGAGGAGGAGGAGAGAGACCAUGAAACAAAAAUAAGUAUCCUGCAGGAGAAACACGCAGCUCUGGAGAAAGAAGUGGAUCAAUUAAAGCAUAAACUGGAAACUGAGAUCAAGAAUGAGAUGACUUUAGCCAAGGCUUUUGAAAAAGCGAGGAGUGAGAAAACGCAACUCCAGGAGGAGAAGACAACAAGUCAAACAGAGCUCAGCAAACUGAGAGAAAAGCUGUCUGCAACUGAGGCAGAACUUCAGUCCACCAAACAGGAACUGAAUCAGAUGAAGAUGGAAAGAGAAAGAUCUAAGGCCGAGAUGAAAGACCUUCAGCAGCAGCUCUCUGAGAUGCACGAUGAGUUGGACCAAGCCAAGAAGACAGAUUUGAUCAACACAGAGAAAGAAGUCCUUCUUAAGGAUCUGGCACAGCUCCGUAUGGACUUUCAGGACAUGCUACAAAUAAAGGAGGAGCAGGAGGAGCUGCUGCACCACACAGAAAGGCAGUUCAGCGCCCUGAAGGGGGCACUGAAAGAGGAGGUGGAGACUCACGAUAAAUACACGGCUGCUUUGAAGGAGGAAUAUGAACAGGAGCUUGAGAAGCUGCUGAGGGAUUUGGAGCAGUCCAAGGAGACCAACGCUCUGCUGGGUCACGGGAAGGCUGAGGCAGAGGAGGAGAGAGGUGCAGUGAAGCUGCAGCUGAAGGAGCUGAUCCAGGAGCGGGACCAUCUGAAGGGAAAGGUCCGAGAACUGAACAACAAGGUGGAGCAGCUGAGUCAGGCCAUCCAGGAGUUCAAAACCACAGAGAGACUGAUGGAGCAGAGAGCAAAGCAGCUGGAGAGGGAAAAGCUCCAGGUGGAGGAGUCGCUGAAGGACGUGAGGAGGAACGAGGACGAGAUCAGUCAGUCCAACCAGUCCCUGCUUUCUCGCCUGGAGGACACACAGAGCAAGCUGAGCAAACUCAACCAGGAGCACAGGGAGUUAAAGGAGAAGCUCAAGGAGGAGAGGAAACAAAUGGAGGAGCUGUGGAAGACAAAAACAGAGCUGGAGGAUGAGAGGAGACUGCAGGACAGGGCGAUGGAGCAACUGCAGAGAAAGAUGACUAAUAUCAUGGAGGAGUGUGAGGCGUCCACAGAUGUGCUUCAGAACCAGGUCGACGAGGCCAGAGAGAGGAGUCAGAGGGAGUUGGCUGAGCUGCGGAGACAGCUGCAGGAAAAGGGGGCAGAGCUGGAGAAAGCCAGACAUGCAGCCAAAAAACUGCAGGAAGAGGUCGUUCCUCUGGAGGAGGACCUGCGGAGGUGCCACAGGGAGCAGCAGGAGGCCCAGCUGAGGGGCCGGCAGCUGGAGCAGAGGGUGGAGGAGCUGGAGGAGAAGAACGCCGCCGUGGUGGAGGAGCGAGAGCGACAGAUCAAACUCAUGGAGGAGCGCGUCGGUCACCUGGCGGAGGAUCUGAACGAUGAGCGCAACAGUGCGGACCGCCUGAUGGAGCGACUGGACAAAACCAAAGAGCAGAUGGAUCAGAUGAGGAAUGAGCUGCUGCAGGAGCGAGCGAUCAGACAGGACCUGGAGUGUGACAAGAUGAGCCUGGAGAGACAGAAUAAAGAUCUGAAGAGUAGAGUGACUCACCUGGAAGGAGCUCAGAGAACGAAUCAAGACACACUCGUCUCCAAACUUAACAGUCGAGUCCAGGAGCUGGAGGAGAGGCUACAAGGAGAGGAGAGGGACAACAACAGUCUUCAACAAGUGAACCGCAGGCUGGAGCGCAAGCUGAAGGAGAUGAAGAUGCAGGCGGACGAGGAGCACGUCAACCUGCACAGCCAGACAGAGCAGCUGACUCAGAGGCUGAAGACGGUGAAGAGGCAGAUGGACGAGGCGGAGGAGGAGAUCGAGCGCCUGGAGCACUCUAAAAAGAAGCUGCAGAGAGAACUGGAUGAGCAGCUGGAAGCCAACGAGCAGCUUCACGUGCAGCUGAGUGCGCUGCGCAACGAGAUGAGGCGUAAGAAGAAACCUCCUGCUAUGAUUAAGGUUGUGGAGGACAAUGUGAACGACAUGGACGACUAUGGAUCUGAUUGA